AAGAAACUUCAAUUCAAGCAGGUGUGGGUGAAAGUGAAGGUGUGGCCUCUGUACGAAGAUGAUGCAGUGCAGCCAGGCCUGACCGGGACGAGCUUUGCGAGGCUUUGCUUUCCCAACUCAAGUUCCACAUCGAAGGCGGCCACCAUGGCGAGCAUGCGGCAAUUCCUGCAUGUCACUGCGUUCUUUGUCUUCCACUUGGUGCCCUAUACGCUGUGCGGCAACCUGCGCUGCCUCUACAGGCCCAUCUUGGAGAAGGAGUACGAGUUUCAGCCCAUCGUGACCGAGUGCCCCCGGGGUGAGGUGUGCUAUAAAGCGGAGGGUCGCUACGGCAAUUACAGCGCCCUGUCCGCAAGCGGCUGCAUGCCGAGGAGGGUCUGCGGCCUGCAGCACGAUCUCUCCUACCAAGGAGUUGUCUACACAAUGAGCUAUUCUUGCUGUGACCGGCCGUAUUGCAACGCGUGUGUGGGCCUCUUUGCCAACACCUUGGUCAUCACCGUAACACUUGUAACUGUUGCUGGGAUGGUCGGAAGGUGAUGUCGGAUGAACAGCAAGCGUUCAGGGUUAAGAGGGAAAUUUUCAGCAUGGAUUUAUGUGGCGGACUUUCAGACAUUGAACUGUAUAGUUUUAAGGUGUUUUAAAAAUAUUCUAACAUAAUUGAUUUUUGAAUAUUAGUAUUUCCAAGAAAUGAAAGCUUUUAAUAAACCAUGACUUGUUUCACUUCA